UCAAAAACACCACAACUUCACAACAACAAUUCCAAAUCUUCUCAUAUAUACAUAAUCUCUUUCUCUCAAUAAUAAUCACUACAUUAUUUUCAAGCUCUUCAAAGUUCCAAACUUUUUAAGACAUAAUAAUGGAGUACUCAAACUCAAAGUCUAUGAUGAUGGUUGUGGCGAUGAUGAUGAUGAUGAUGACCUUGUUCUCAGCCAUCCCAAUGGCCUCAGCUGCCGAUGCACCAGCCCCAGCCCCCACCUCAGAUGCCACACAAUUCAUCCCAGCCUUCUUUGCUUCUCUUCUAGCUUUGGCUUUUGGCUUGGUCUUCUAAGCUCAUCAUCUUUCAUUCUCAUAUAUCACCAUUUUUUUUUGUUUAGACAUAUUUACUUUGUUUCUCUCUUCCUAACCCAUUUCUCCUUUUCUCUUUCCAAAGCCAUUUUUAUGGAGUUUUGAAGUGGAUAUGGAGAUGUGUUUUGUGUGUGAUGAGAAAGAAAGAGAGAGGUGAAAUGGGAUUUAAUUUUUUUUUUUUUUGGGUGUGAUUCUUGUAUAUUAAGUUUGUUUGUGUAAUCUUCUAUUUUUUUUUGUACUAUAUAUUUAUGUUCUCUCAUUAUAUUAAUAAAAAUUCCAUUAUUCUUGUUA